UUCUCUUUUUGGUAGAAACAUCAACCAGAUGAAAGCAGGGAAUGAUACACAAAUUUUAGAAUUCCUUCUUCUGGGAAUUUCAGAGAAACCAGAAUUUCAGCCCUUCCUCUUUGGGCUGUUCCUGUCCAUGUACCUGGUCACCGUGCUCGGGAACCUGCUCAUCAUCCUGGCCAUCAGCUCAGACUCCCACCUCCACACCCCCAUGUACUUGUUUCUCUCUAACCUAUCCUUUGCUGACAUCUGUUUCACGUCCACGACCAUCCCAAAGAUGCUGGUGGAUAUCCGAACAGAAAGCAAAAUGAUCACUUUUGCAGGCUGCCUCACCCAGAUUUUUUUUUUCGUUGCAUUUGGAUGCCUGGACAAUUUACUCUUGACCGUGAUGGCCUAUGACCGGUUUGUGGCCAUCUGUCACCCCCUGCACUACACGGUCAUCAUGAACCCCCGACUCUGUAGACUGCUAGUUCUGGGGUCCUGGUGCAUCAGUGUCAUGGUUUCCGUGCUCGAGACCUUGACCAUUUUGAGGCUGUCCUUCUGCACAAACAUGGAAAUUCCACACUUUUUUUGUGAUGUUCUCGAAGUCCUGAAGCUCGCCUGUUCUGAAACCCUUGUCAAUAACAUCGUGAUGUAUUUUGUGACAAUUGCAAUGGGUGUUUUUCCUCUCUCUGGAAUCCUAUACUCUUAUUCUCAGAUUUUCUCCUCCAUCCUGAGAGUAUCACCUGCCCGAGGCCAGCACAAAGCCUUUUCCACCUGUGGGUCUCACCUCUCAGUGGUCACCCGGUUCUAUGGCACGGGCCUUGGGGUCUAUCUCAGUUCUGCAGCUACACCAUCUUCUAGGACAAGUCUGAUGGCCUCAGUGAUGUACACCAUGGUCACCCCCAUGCUGAACCCCUUCAUCUACAGCCUGAGGAACAGGGACAUAAAGGGGUCCCUGGGGAGACUCCUCCUCAGGGCAACAACUCUCAAUAAGGGGACCACUGCCAAACUCUCAUGA